AUGGGACUUUUCAUUGAUGGAAACAAAUUAGAGAAUUUGAAACUCUACAAGUACUCUGCGGAGGAUCAUUCGAUUAUUUCGAAGUUUAUCUUGAAAAAAUGGUGGAACUCCUUUGUGGAGAUUUUUCCACUUUCAAUGGCGCCCAACGCUGUGACAUUGCUUGGUUUAGGGUUUAUUUUAUUAAACUUGUUGUGUGUGUUUUACUACGAUCCGUUUUUGGAUGAAGCGUCACCUAGAUGGUGCUAUUUCUUCUAUGCGUUUGGGUUGUUCAUGUACCAGACGUUUGACGGUUGUGACGGGUGUCAUGCGAGAAGAACAGGGCAAAGUGGGCCAUUGGGAGAGUUGUUUGAUCAUUCUGUUGACGCCAUCAAUACCACAUUGGGCACGAUUGUAUUUGGAUCGGUGUUCAACUUGGGGUACGGUUGGUUGUUUCUUAUCGCGCAGUUUGCAUCUGUAUGCAAUUUCUACACUUCGACCUGGGAAGAAUAUCACACUCAUACUUUGUAUUUGUCGGAGUUCAGUGGACCAGUUGAGGGUAUUUUGAUGAUUUGCGUGUGCUUUAUCUUGACGGGGAUCUUUGGGCGUGAGUUGUGGUCUAUCAAGUUGCUUGAACUCGACUUGAGCUCUAUUGGCUAUAGUGACAAUUAUGUUCUCGAUAGCUCGAGUAUCAUUGUUGUUCUUGGCUUGGGCUCGUUGUACUUUAACAUCUCGUCGGCCAUGGCUAACGUUAACAAGAAGUACGCCUCUGAACAUGCUGGUGAUUCGUCAAAGGCGAAGACUGUCACCUUGGAAGCAUACAAAGGUUUGAUACCAUUCUUUGGGUAUUAUGCCACCAUUGUUUUGUUCGUCGUAUUAUAUCCAGAAAUCAUUUCGCAAUUUGGCUUUCCAUUGGUGAUUUCCAUUGGUUGUUCCAUUGCAUUUUCAGUCGGUAGAAUUAUUUUGGCUCACUUGACGUUGCAAUAUUUCCCAAUGGUUCAAUAUCCAAUGUUCAUGCCACUCGUACAGUUAUUUUUAGCCAAAGUACUGAUUAGUGUUUAUGGCUACGACUACUACAAGGUCUUGGGUGCGGUCAGUUGGUUAGGUUGUGGAGUCACCCUAGGCAUCCAUGCGUUUUUUAUCACUGAAAUUAUUAGUGAAAUUACUUCCUAUUUGGAUAUCUAUGCUUUAACUAUAAAGCAUAAGAGAGCUUAG